AUGUCUAAGUUGUGCUUAUUUUUAGCCUUUGUGCUUUCAUUUGUAGCUCAAAUUCAAAACUCGGUUUCAUACGAUUAUGGAGCUGCCCUAACUAAAUCACUGCUCUUCUUUGAAGCACAAAGGUCAGGGAAGUUGCCUUCUAACCAGAGAGUCAAGUGGAGAGGAGAUUCCGCCCUUAACGACGGCAAGGCUGAUAGGUUGAAUCUUGUGGGAGGAUACUACGACGCUGGAGACAACGUAAAAUUCGGGUUGCCGAUGGCAUACACGGUUACAAUGCUGGCAUGGAGCGUAGUUGAAUUUAGGCCGCAUUUACGGGCCCGACAUGAGCUGUCACAUGCUAUGCAGGCCAUUAAAUGGGGCACUGAUUAUUUGAUGGAGACCCAUCCAAAGCGCGAUGUCCUAUAUGGAGAGGUCGGAGAUGGUGGCUCCGACCACUCCUGUUGGAUGAGGCCCGAGGACAUGACCACGCCCAGAACUGUUUACAAGAUUGAUGACCAGCACCCCGGAUCCGACCUCGCUGGUGAGACUGCGGCUGCUUUGGCGGCCGCAGCUAUUGUUUUCCGCCAUUCCAAUUCCAGUUAUUCGUCUAAGCUCAUCAAACAUGCAAAACAGUUAUUUGAGUUUGCGAAGAACCACACUGGCGCAUAUCAAAAUAGCAUUCCUAUAGCUUUGAAGUUUUAUACAAGCAGUGGCUACGAGGACGAACUUUUGUGGGCUGCUACGUGGCUGAGACAAGCGACCAAAGACAACAAAUACCUUAAAUUCAUCAAAUCAGCAAAUUCAGGUGGCACCAGAAGCAUGUUUUCCUGGGACGACAAGUAUGCUGGAGCUCAAGUUCUUAUUGCAAAGGAGAUACUAGGAGGAAAAUUGGGAAAAAAUGAAGAUUUAGAAAAGUACAAGAAGGGAGCAGAAGAAUUCGUGUGCAAGUGCAUGCUGAAAGGGAAUAUCAACGUGCAGAGGAGCAACGCGGGGCUUAUGUGGUUCAUCCCAUGGAACAAUCUACAGUACGUCACCAGCGCAACGUUCCUAAUGACAACCUACGCCCAAGUCCUCGCCAAAACCAACACCACCAUCCAAUGCCCUGGGGGCAAUGUCGCGUCUAACGAUCUCUUGGGCUUGGCUAGAUAUCAGGUGGACUACAUAUUGGGAUCCAACCCAAAUAAUAUGAGCUAUAUGGUAGGGUACGGUUCAAACUACCCAAGGCGGGUCCACCACAGAGGAGCAUCUAUAGUGUCGAUCAAGCAAGACCCACGGGCCAUCGGGUGUAAAGAAGGUUUCAGUGAGUGGUUCGUCAAGGAUGCAGAUAACCCUAACGUGAUUGAGGGGGCCAUCGUCGGUGGGCCCGACCAGAGUGACAAGUACUCUGAUUCAAGAGACAAUUAUCCACAAGCGGAGCCUUCCACCUCCACCAAUGCCCCUAUUGUUGGUGUCUUGGCAAGGCUAGCGUCUUAGAUUCUAUCCAUCUACUCU